UUCAUAUUUCUUGCACGUAAAGAUACUCUAUUUUGUGAAUUUUCUUUUUUGAUUUUUAUUUUUAACAUCGAAAACCUAAAAGAGAGGUUUCCGCCGGUAAAGAAACUAUGCAGGGUUUGGCGGCGACCACCACCACCACCACCAACCUUGGCUCUCGUACUUUCUUCGCUCCCAGGAAGAAGCAGCAUAGUCCAAUCCUAAACAAGUAUGUGAAUCAAAGAGUGUCUUUCCCCAAGCUCGAUUCAUUCCCAAAACUAAGAUUGUCAGCAGACUCAGUUUCACAGAGAUGUCCCCGUGUGAUGAUUUCUCCUCUUUCAGCAACUGCACCAGCAUCAUCUAACCAUCUCUUUGCUCAUGGCUUACCACCAUUAACCACCGGUUUUACGAGACGUCAGAGACCAGUAGAGCCUGCGAGAGCGUUCAAAGACGACUUCUUCAAGAUCAAACUCCCCAAAAUCGCUGAGAGACCAGAGUGGUGGUGGAGGACACUUGCCUGCAUCCCUUACCUGAUAUCCCUCCAGAUAUCAGACGUCGGCUUCUACGUCCAGCCUUUCCUAGAAAAGUACGACGCCAUCGGAGACAUGAUCUACUUCAUCCCCGGAGCUAUCAACAGAUGGCCGAGCUGGUUCUUCAUGCUGUACUGCUACUUGGGCUACAUGUUCGUGGUCAAGAACAAGGACUUGCCUCACUACUUCAGGUUCCACAUGAUGAUGGGUAUGCUUCUCGAGACGGCGCUUCAGAUCAUUUGGUGCACCAGCAACUUCUUCCCGCUGAUUCAUUUCAAAGGACGGCUUGGGAUGUAUUACUGGAUGGUGAUCGGGUUUACGUACAUCUGUCUGCUUCUUGAGUGUAUUCGGUGCGCUCUCGCUGGGGUUUAUGCUCAGAUUCCUUUUGUGACCGAUGCUGCUUCGAUUCAUACUCUCUUCAACUUGGGAGGCUUUUCGAGACCGCUCAGGUGAAAAGGUGGUUCUCUAUGGUGUUUGCGUGCUUGAUAUAGGAACAAGUAAGAGAGAGAGGUUGUUGUGGUUGUGUCUUAUCGAGGUCUAAGAGUCUUCUGUGGAGUCUUUUAGCUUAGUGUCAGUGUCUCGUGUGUAAAACUGAAAGAACUCUCUGCGAGAGUAGCUUAAAUCAACUUUUUUAAUGUCAAAUAAAUCGGCGUAGUGGCUCAUGGUUU